CAUGGCGGAGUUUCACGAGUGUCAUGGAACUUUGGUAUUUUUAAGCAAUGGUAACCGCAGUGCUCGAAGACGAAGCUCCGCCGCAGAAUUUAAUAAUGGUCUGAUAUUUAGUAAGAGCCCAAUGAAGGACAAUGAACGAUUUGAGGUACGACUGGACCGUAAAAUUGGAAACUGGUCAGGAUCCUGGGCGAUCGGCGUGACAGCCGGCGAUCCCAGCGUUAUGGAAAUUCCAUCGAGUUCAACGGGCCUAAAAAAUGGCUCUUGGGUCAUGUCUGGAAUGUCUAUUCUAAAGGACGGUUCUUCUUUUGUGGAAGAAUAUGGUCAAGACCUCGACGAGCUCAAAGAAGGAGACAGGAUAGGUGUUGAAAGGACAGCCCAUGGAAGUUUACAUUUCUUUGUCAAUGGAGUUGAUUUGGGAGUUGCGGCUACAGAUAUUCCUCAAAAUGUUUUUGCUGUUGUAGACUUGUACGGAAGAUGUGUUGAGAUAUCAAUUUACAAACCUUUCAAUCGUGUAUCUGGUCCUUCAACAGCAUCAGUUUGCUUUCACCCUCAUUGUGGAUCACUAAUAAAACUCUCUAAUAGUAACAGAACUGCAGAACGACAACGACCUACAGAAGAGUUUAAGAAUGCUGUAACUCUGACGAAUAUACCACUACGAAAUGAUGAAGCAUUUGAAGUUCGGUUAGAGUGUGUCACUGAUUUAUGGGCAGGCUCAAUAGAAGUUGGUGUCACAAGUCACAAUCCAGAUGAUAUUGUUUUGUUACCGACCAUGACCAGCAUGCCAACGGGGACUUGGAUGCUGAGUGGAGCAUCAAUUAUUGUUGAUGGCAAGGAAGUGAAAAGAGACUACUCAAGUAUCAAUUUAGAAACACUACAGAAGAAUUCAAUAAUGCUGUUGUUUUAACAAGUCGGUACUUGAAACCCAAUGAACUCCUCGAGGUGCGAGUCGAUAUCCAAAUGACAAAGUGGGCAGGGUCUCUUGAGAUUGGAGUCACCACCCAUGAUCCUGAAAAAUUAGAUUUUCCUACAACAAUGACUAAUGUACAGCCACCUGGUACCUGGAUGAUGUCAGGGGGGAGCAUUGUGUGUGAUGGUGUUACUGUCAUUGAAAACUAUGGUCCAACACUGGAUGAAAUCAAGGUUGGUGAUACAGUUGGAGUGAUACGUAAAGAAGAUGGCUCAUUACACUUCUUUGUAAAUAGCACUGAUCUUGGUUGCGCAGCACAUGGUGUGCCAGCUGAUGUUUAUGGAGUGGUCGACUUGUUUGGUCAAUGCGCUCAAGUGACUAUUGUAUCUGGGACUCAGGAAAAUGGAGAGGUUGAUUUAACAAACUCACUGAAUGACGUUUCAGAAAUAACUAUUAUUACACCAGAACCACAACAACCUGUAGAGUCACCUCCAUCGCAGGAAAUCAUGGCAGAAUCGAAUGAGGGUUUUUUCAAAUUCAGUUCUUUUCAUGGCGGACAAGUAGCUGUCAGUCACAACUGUCGCAGUGCAGUUCGCAUUAAUCCGCUGUGUGAAUUCAACAAUGCUAUUGUGAUGAGCCACAGGCCUUUGAGAGACAACGAGCUGUUUGAAGUUAUUGUGGAAAAGCUUGUGAGUCGAUGGUCUGGCUCGAUGGAAGCAGGAGUAACUACAGUCUCUCCUGAUCAGCUCAAGUUCCCUCAUACCAUGACUGACCUUGUAAGUGGGGCGUGGAUGGUGUCUGGAUCGUCUGUGCUACAGAAUGGUAGCACAUCCAUGAAUGGGUAUGCUUGUGACUUGGACAAAUUAGAGGAAGGGUCCCGUCUUGGCAUAAUGCGUAAAUCGAGUGGAUCACUACAUUUCUUUGUCAAUGGGCAAGACUGUGGAGUUGCUGCUUCUAGUGUUCCAUCAGGAAUCUAUGCUAUGAUUGACCUGUAUGGCCAGUGCGUCCAGAUCUCUAUAUAUGAUGCAGAUUACACUGAAUCUCAAGAGACGAUUCCAGUCCCUGCUGAACAAAGAGAGACAGAGGCCAGCCCUAUAAUUACAGAAGGGCCAGCAAGUAAAGUGACAUGCGGAUUUCAUUCCUGUUGUGGAAGAAACAUUCGACUUGUGAACAAUAAAAUGACUGCGUAUAGAUGCAGUGGAUUUAAUCAAGGUCUGGUGUUCAGUGCAAAACCUUUGGAAGAAGAUGAAAUAUUUGAGAUUGUCAUCGACAAAGUUACAGGCAAUGACUGGUCAGGAUCUUUAACAGUUGGUAUUACAACAAAAACCAUACCGCUGAUGACUGUUCCCGCCUCAGCACUGGACCUGCGAGAUGGGACUUGGCUGAUGACCGGCUCCUGUGUCAUGAAAGACAGUGCGAUUGUAAAAGAGAAUUAUGGACACAGUUUGGACAGACUACAGGCUGAAACAAGAAUAGGAAUGCAAAGGCGAAGAGAUGGGACUUUUCAUGUGUUCGUAAAUGGGGAGGAUCAGGGAGUCGCAGCUGUGGAUGUUCCUCAGAUUGUUCAUGCGGUAGUUGAUGUCUAUGGCAUGGCGCAACUUAUCUCUAUAUCGAGUCCGACUACCGUCGAUAGAGCUUUGCCUGCUAGUGAACUGGUGGAUGGCGAACCACAAUCGUCCGUUUCUCCUGACAUCGAGACAUCAGAUCAAGUCGAAGAAGAUACAAGAGAGGCAAUAAAAAUAUUUAAAAAAUUUCUUUUCCAUAAAAACUGCGGUCAAUUCAUUUCACUGGAUAGUAACCGAACAACAGCGAGAAGAGUUGACAGUUACAAUCAUGGAGUAGUGUUGAGUGAAACGCCUCUACCAGAUAACCACUUAUUUCAGGUAUGUAUCAGAAAGUUGAAUAGCCGCUGGACUGGCUCUGUUAUGAUCGGCGUCACGGCUCAGGACCCAGACUCCCUCACUAGCCUUCCAAGCACGGCUAACAGCAUCAAGAUCUGUCCUUGGAUUGUUGUCAAUAACGCAGUGUAUGUUAACGGGAACAAGGUAAACGACAAUCUACGUCGAAGUCUUGACAGCCUUCAGGAAGGAGACACCCUUGGAGUUUUGAUCGACAAGAAAAGCAGGUUGCACCUGCUUAUUAACGGAGAGGACCUGGGGCCGAUUGCCCAGGCCAUCCCCGCCAGACGAUUUGCAGUGCUGGACUUGUAUGGUUGCUGCGAGGAAGUGUCUAUCGUAACUGCUGAUCAUGGUGAACGCGGGCGUGUUUCUAUGGAGGAAACCAAGAUUGAGAGAAGCUCGGGUGAACAUAGUAAAGGCCCGUGUGAUUACAGACAACUUUGCGAUCGAUUCCGUGCUAGUUUGGCAAUACCAGAUGAAUAUUUUAAUACAGACUGCAAAUCCAACGUCUGCUAUUGCCAGGCGUGCCACGAAGCUCGAGGUGAAAAACGUUAUGCUAUCAGCGGUGACCCACCUUGUCGGUAUGCGCUACCUUUGGGAUGGUGUCAGUUUGCGCUAAGAAUUCCUCCACGAGUCGAGGAAUAUCACGUGUUCGACAAAUGGCACGUGGCAUUUUACGGAACUCCUAUUGGUCGACUUAGAAGAAUGCUUGAUCUUGGUGAUAUUCCACUGCAAGUCUGUAGUGGUCAGCGGCGGAGGGGCUCAUCAAACAAAGAAAAUGAAGUCCCCCAGCUCUGUGUGUCACCCACAAUCCUUUGCGCGUACGAAGCCCAAGCUAAAAGACAGGAAUACAGAGAUAGUACAACAGGAAAAGUCUAUCAUGUCCGAGUAGCUUUACAAGUUCUCGUGAAGCCUGGUAAUUACAGAACUGGUCGGAGUCACCGCGAUGUUGACGCAAACGAGCUGCUCGAUGAAAAUCUUGGCACAGAAAAUCUGGAAUGGUAUUUAGAGAACCAAGGCUCUGUAGUCUUGACCGCUCUGCUUAUAAAUAUUGAGCCGACAUAGUAUUAAAAAUAGCUGAAAACAAUUUUUCGCGAGUUAUUGCUAAAUUAUGAACACUUAGGAUUCAAGGUGUAAAUUAUGAGGAGAUUAUUUAAAGAGACGAUGUAUUUCCCGCGGUCAGGGUUUGUAAGAGACUUUUGAAUCGCCAACAAUCAGAGCUUUUAACUAUUACUACUAUUCUUACUUUUAUUCCUAUCAUUAUUGAUAUUAUCAUUAUCAUUAUCGUUACUACUAUUAUUAUUAUCUUCAGGUAUAUUUUGAUAGGAUCAUGUUAGCCUUUAUGAUAGAUCUCCCCCCCCCUGCUGAGCCCACACAUUUGAUCACAAAUUCCUCAGGGUAAACUCGUCUCCCUUUUCUUUAUUAGAAGUAGCCCUCGAGGGUGAUUGGUUCAGAAAGUCUUAAAGAAAAUUGAGUAACAGAGUUAGUGCAGGCUGCAAGGCUGGCUAAAAGUUGUUUUGUGUUCUUCGUUCAUUGAAGAUGUUGUAGUUUAAAAUGAAGGAGCCGCAAACCCAAAAUCCUCCCCCCACUCUCUCCUAGUUGAAUAUUUUGUAAGCCGGAACUUGUUUUAAAGUUCGUCUUUACUAUAUGAAACCCCGUAAUAGAAAAUACAUCUUGAUUACAUCAAGACGUUAAUUUGUCUAAUGAAUUAACAGUGGAGUGCAAAUAGAUAAUUUUUAUGAGUAUUCCUUUAGUUACAUGGCCAAAAUGUUGGCACCACCAAACUGUUGAUUGAAUUUUUGCUGGAGUCAGUAAAAAGUGAUUUAAAAUUAGGUUGUUCUCGUUGGUAUCAUAAUCGGCAUAAUGCUGCCAUCUGAAAAAGUAUUUUUUGAGAAACUAAAAUAUUUGAAGAUGUUAUUUUCUAAUUAAGCUAAAAGACAUUUUGUACAUGGGGCCGGAACCGGUCAGAAAGUCCCAUUACACAUCAAGUGGCGUAACAGUCUAUGAUUUUGAAUUUUUUACAACUGAAAGUCUCAAUCGGUAAGAGGUGGUCAUGAAUGGUAAACUAUUGACUAUCCUUCAGAGUUCAAGAUAUUUCAUCUAAAAAUGGAAAUUAAAAAUGAAAGGAUGUCUUUGUCAA